CCAGGAAGUGCUGUUCAAUUCAUUUUCUUCAGUCUAUCAAAUUUAAAUACAGUUCUGUGUCUGCUGCUACAUUGAUAAGAUUUAAAGAACUUUAUUCAAAAUGAAGAAAAGACCUGACAACAAACCCAGUGCUACUAAAAAGGAAGCAGAAGGAGGACAAUACAGCAAAGCUGACUUUAAAAGUCGUUUUUGUCACACCUCUGUGCUCAUGAACAUUGGAAAAUGUUUGCUUUUAAUCAUCAUCAUCCCUCCAUUCCUCAACUAUGCUUCACUGCAAAGAGAAGGACAAAUGCUCCUGCCAAAAGAUGGUCAGAUUAUAGAUGUUGGCCUGGGUCAAAGGAUGCAUCUGUUAUGUAAAGGGGAAGGAAAACCAGUUGUUAUACUAGAUUCACCAACGGGAAUGUCCUCAGACAUUUGGUUUAAUGUCCAAGAGAGUGUUGCCACACUGACAAAGGUUUGUACCUAUGAUCGAAUGGGGCUAGGAUUUAGCAAGCGUCUAAUGCAGAAUGAAACCACAGGAACUGAGAAGGUUUGGGGAAAAUCCACAACUGGACAGAUGGUGGAUGAUCUGCACCGUCUUUUACUGGCUGCUGGGAUCGCCAUGCCUUUCAUACUGGUUGGCUCAGAGAUAGGCACACUCAACGGCAGGUUCUACAGUCAUAUUCAUGAUGUGCAAGUGACAGACUUGGUGUUGAUUGAUCCUAUCCCUGAGGACAUUUUUAAAGAGGAGCAAUGGAAAGAGUACUGGUAUGGUAAGCUGCUGCCGUCCCUUCAAGCCAAGCAGUUUUCAGCGGCUUCUGGGCUGAGCCGCUUGCUGAUUAUCCUGGGAGCCAUUGAACCAACUAUCAAAGAAAAUGUCUCUGCGGAGAUCAUCCAGAGGCAGAAAUACUUUUUAAGUAACCCUGCCCAUCAGAGUAGUUCUGUGGAUGAACAUUACUUUAUGAAUGAAAGUGCAGCUCAAGUAAGGGACAUUACGAGAUAUAAGCCCCUCUCCAGCAGGACCUCAGUCAGCGUGAUCACCGGGGAUUGCUUUGACCAGAAAAUCCCACAUCACUUGAAUAAAAUGGUAUCCAAGCUUCAAAAGAAGUUUCUGGAGGAAUCCUACCAAUCAGUCCAUCAUAUUCACAUAAAAGACGUAGACCGUCGAAUGAUCUACAAGAAGCCAUCUGCCAUCAGCCAGUACCUCAGGAAGUUAGUCAAUCAGCGACAAGCCAAACAGUACAGUCAGUGACCCACGGCCAACACAUUGAUAUAAAAUAUACUUAGGCAAAACCAGAGAUAAAAAUGUUGCAUAAUUACCCAGUACAGCAUUCAAAGAUAUCUUUUCUAUUUUGCCCUCCAGCAUAAUGUAGAGAUUAUCUACACGACCAAUAAGGUUUGUCAUGUAGGGAAUUUUUUUUAAAUAUUAUUUCAAAAACUUAUUUUACUGUAUUGCAAGCUUCAAUUGAGGAUGACUGGAGGGUAUUCAGUUUGAUAAAUAUUUGCUGUCUUGGACUCAGAAAAUCUUAUCAUCUAAGUUGUUAUUAGUUUACCUAAAAUGAGCAUUUACUUAUCAUAGGAAAGGCGACACACUUCACUGCUCAAACUGAUACUUUAAUAUCACAGUUGUCUUGAUGUUCCAAAUGGAAUGACCAUAAGGGAAAGUACAUGUAUUGGUUAUUUAAAAAAAUAAAAUAAAUACUGACCUGUGCUCUUGCACAUUAAAAACAGGACCAACAUAGUCCCUGUCAGCAGUGUGGUACAUUUGCCUGAUUUUGGCACGGGCGUUGUAGGUUCAUUUCCAUUGAGUCAUAGUGUGCAUAUAAGUGCACAGUGGCGGUUCUUGCAUUUUUCUGAAACAGAGGCCAAGAAGGGGCCAUAUGUACUAGUAACCCUCAGGGGCCAAGUGUCGCUUCCAUCUUUGUACAAAGUUUGUUUUGGUCAACAAGGCAAUAUGUAGAUUAUCCUGCAUGUGGCGGUAAAAACAUCUUUGCUUGACACUGUCAAGCAAACACCAACCAGUAAAGUUUGUAAUAAUUUGUAUUUAAUCAUACUUUGUGCAGGUAACGAUACAAUACAUGGAACAAUAAUUUUAAUCACUUUUUUGAAAAGCCAUUUUAAACACGAAUAGAAGAAAUAAUAUACAUACUCUAGAAUAGGCCUGAACGAUAUUGGAAAAAACUAUCAUGGCGAUAUUUGGGGGGGGGUUUGUGAUAAAUUGCGAUUAUAUUGAGAUAUUAAAACAAGAAUAAUUUUCACCAGAUAACUUGAAUAGCUCUGUUUGGGAUAGGCCUGAACGAUAUUUGAAAAAAAAAAAAAAAAUGGAAAAGAAAAAAAUUCUUAAGGUGCACCAGGACAAAAUGUAGGCGCACCCACAUUUUUCAUUACAUCACCUUUAACGCCAAUUCAUUCAUUCAUUCAUCCUCUGAACCGCUUAUCCUCACGAUGGUCGCAGGGGUGCUAUAGCCUAUCACAGCUAGCUCCAGGCAGAAGGCAGUGUACACCCUGAACUGUGUGCCAGCCAGUUGCAGGGCACAUAUAGACACAAAACCAUUCAUGCACACACUCACACCUAUGGACAAUUUGGAGUGUUCAAUCAGUAUACCAUUCAUGUCUUUUUGGGAUGUGGCAGGAACCUGGAGAAAACCCAUGCACGCCGCCUUCAUUAUGUGAAAUAUUUUUAAACAAGAAUAACGUAGAAAAAUGCUUGUCUUUAUUUAAUGCUUCAUUGAGUGAGUCCAUUCAAAUUCACUUACGCUUUGACGCUCAAGCUGCCAAGAAUAGCCUCUCACUUACAAAAUGAAUGAGUUGCUGCAGUACAUUUCAGACUGGGCUACCUCUAAUGUGUAAGAAGCUUAGCGAUGAUUAACACAUUUGUGCCUUUAAUUGUAGAGCUACUUAGUCUUCUCUGGCCAGAUCAAAGCUACAAACCUGUCAAUCAUCAUUAACUUUAAGUACCAAACAGUAUCUGCAUUGGUGAACAGGAAAAACAGUUUGGUCGCACUGCUUAAAGGGAGGGAGGGUGAGAUGUUGUGGCAUUGUAAGAGCGUGAAGCAGAAAAAUGAGUUUACAUGUUAAAAAUAAAUAAAAUAUCGCAUGUCCUUGCGAUGUGAGUUUUGUGCAUCCGCAUAUCGCGAUGACCAGAGGUGGGUAG